AUGGCCUUUGGAACUAUAUACACGUUUCCUGGCGACCAGCCCCGAACGAUAGCCAUCAAGGCUGUCGCUAAGCAUAAUGGUCUUGAUCUUGACGUUCGCGAGACGCCUCGGACUCCUGAACAUUUGAGUAUUAGCAAACUCGGCAAGGUGCCUGCCUUUGAAGGUGCAGAUGGCUUCAAGCUCUUCGAAUGCAUGGCGAUUGCUCUCUACAUCACCUCGCAAAAUGAGCAGACAACUCUGCUCGGAAAGAACAAAAAGGAAUAUGCCGAAAUUAUCAAGUGGAUGUCUUUCUUCAACUCUGAGAUAGUCAUUCUGAUGACUCAAGUGUUACUACCGCAGAUUGGCAUAAUUCCCUACGACAAAGGCCAAGUUGAGUUAUUCACCAACAUGACCCAAAAGUCCGUUGAUGUGGUUGAGGAGUAUUUGCAAGACCGUACAUUCCUGGUUGGUGAGGGACUAUCACUCGCCGAUCUGUUUUGUGCUGGAAACAUCUCUCUCGGCUUCCAAUUUUUCUACGGCAAAGCGUGGAGGGAACAGAACCCGAACGUGUCUCGUUGGUACGAGAUGGUUUGCCACCAGCCGAUCUAUGCGGCUGUCACAGAGAAGUUCCAGCUUCUAGAUGAGCCCAAGUUGACCGGGAAUGCACCCGAAAAGAAGCCUGACAUACCGGAGCCAGCGUCUGUCUAA